GAAAUGUUGCACAAUGUUUAUUCAUAUUAACCCAAAAAAGUAAUAUGGUGUCAAAUUCCAGUAAACUGGAACAGGGGGAAAACUAUUUAUUUAUUAUUUAUUAGUUGGAAAAAGGGCUAUUAACAUUUUUACUGUUGUAAAAAUCGCUUUGACAAACUGUUACUGCAUACUUCUUAUUCAUAAAAUGCAAAAAAACAGGGAGAGACAUUUGCUGUGCCACUGAGUGGUCGUCACGCUCUAUAUGAUGGUAGCUGCGUUGGAUCAGUGUCAAUGCAUCAUGGCCAUCUGUGUGUCAUCUGAGUGUGCUAUGAUGAACAGAGGACUCUAAUUUACAGCACCACUAAUUGGCACGCCACGCUUUGUAAAUACUGGGUCUAACUGCCCUUUGCUCAAGAAAUCCAACUUGAAGGUCUGAAUACUUGUUUUCUCUGCCCCAAAGGUUGACUGUACGUCAAAGGCAUACAGUGAUAUCGCAAACCCACAGCUGCGAGUUAUGUGCACUGAAUCCAAAUGCAGUUCUGACCAACCUCACGUGUGAAAAUGCUGAGUGGCCGUUCACGAUUCAUUAGAAAGAAAAAAAAUGGAGCAAGGAGGAGAAAGAAACUUACACUUGCUUCAGCACUAAUGAAAUACUGCAGCAAUGAGCCCCUAAAUGGGAGCUGGGUGGGUGACCACCACCUUAAUCUCUGCUGAAUGCCCUAAGAUCCUAUUCAAACUCGUCUUGGGCCCCCCAGCUCUAAAGAAAAAGAACAGAGCGAAAGGAGGAGUGGCAGGGGCUGCAGCGGUGUGGAGAAACACAAUAGGCUGAUUGUCAGUGAUCCAUAGUUUAUGGCACGGAUCCAAGUUGGAUAUACCUCCACAGCAGUAAAGGCAAGGUGAGAGAGACUUAAACCUAUGCAAUGCGACAGAGAGACAUGCACUACUGCUAAAGACUCGAGGGGAGGAGAGACGCACAAUUGAUGAGCAGAGGAAGGAGGAUGCGGGGAGAGAGAGUAUAACUCAAAAAGCAACUGAAUAUCCUCUGGGGUGGGCAAAUGCGUGCGUGAGAGAGUGAUAGAGAGAGAGAGAGAGAGAGAGAGAGAGAGAGGUAGAAGAGGAGGGGGAGUGUUGCAUGCUGUGCCAGUCAGCGUAAAAUGAGUAAAGAGAGAGUGUCGUAUGGGUAGUGGCGGUUUUUCUCCCCCUUUCUCUUCCUCACACUCACUCGCUCCGAUGGUGGACUAAUACAUUCUUAUGCACACAUCUCUCAGGGGAUCGAUCACCCGUCACAAUGGUGUUCAUCUCGACCACUCUUAAAUCUGUCAUUAAGUACUUCAAAAAGAAGGCGGUGUCCAGUCUAGAUGAGGAGAGCAAGUGGUCGGUGCACUACACAGCCCCCUGGCACCAACAAGAGAAUGUCUUCCUGCCAGGAUCCAGGCCGGCCUGCGUCGAGGACCUUCACCGUCAGGCCAAAGUCAACCUGAAAACAGUCCUCAGAGAGUGUGACAAGCUCAGGAAAGAUGGAUUCCGCAGUUCCCAGUACUACUCCCAAAACCCUGCCUUCUCUUCAACCAGUCUUUGUGAAAACGUGCACCUGGAUGAGGAGAAGACAGAGAAGAAAAAGAAGCGGUUUAAAGUCCUAGACUGCCUAUCGCAGUCAUGCCUCUCUCUCUGCUGUCAUUUGAGAUCUUGGAAAAAGGCUUCGGAGUCACCUAAUGAAGAGGAGAAGCUUGUGUACUCGAUGCCGCCUCAGACCCCUCUGCUGGAACAUAACAUGGACAUCCAGAGAAGCUGGACCAACUGUUUACCUUUGCCCACUCCUGAGGAGAAGAUGAGAAUACAGGCCCAGUCGGUGGCCACUGAUGUCAUUCCCAUCAACAUUACAGGUGAGAACUUUGACCGUCAGGCCAGUUUCCGUCGCUCUGCAGCAAACACUGAUACCAUAAUACGAAGACCCAAGAGGGUGCAAAGAAGAAAGACAAUAACAGGAGUUCCUGACAACAUCCAGACUGAACUAGCAAAUAAAGAACAAGAUGACAGAAUUCACUCAAUGUGUAUGGCAGAUCAGUACUCCACCCUCAGUCGAGUGGGAAGCGUAAACUCCACCCUGAGACGCUUAGACACCCGUGAUACCAGUUGCCAAACAGAAGAGGUGAAGAUUGUUCCUCCCUCAGUACGCCGAAUCAGAGCACAGAGAGGCCAUGGAAUUGCCGCCCAAAUGGCCAGUGUCUCCUCCUCAAGCAGCAUUUCCACCAUGAGUGACUGUAAUAGUAUUAGUUACACUCAGCUUAAUGACAGUGAUCAGAGCUUUCACAGUUUGCCACGCCAAGGUUCUCACAUCUCGCAUCAACACUGUGAACCAAAGUACACCAGCUCCCCCUACAGGACAAAUUCUGGCUCUACAAGCUCCUUGUCCUACCAGUUUGACAUGCAGCACGGUUCUUUAUCGUCACUGCAUAUGCUCUCCGAUUCCAGAAGCAGUACAAUAAACAGCCCCAAACUUGCUGAAAAUCCAAAUUACCAGGGCUCUGAUCAAAAUAACAUCCCAAGCAUGUUUACUCUCAGUGGUGCACUACAGAACUCCAUUCUUUACGGACACAAAAGAACAGAGGAUAACCACAUGCAAUCACCUCAUUCUUCAGCCCAGUUUCUUAGUACUGCUGAUGCCUCAUUGUCGACUGUCUCUUCCUGCUAUGAAUCCACAACCUCCCUCAGUACAGGAAUCCAUACAGAAUCUGAGUCCCAGUGCAGCACACUUGAUGGCAGAAACUGUGGCAGUCAUAACUGUGUCCGCAGGGAUUCCAACUUCUCGGAGAGCAGCAAUCAAAGCUGCAGCACUCUAACAACUGACCAGUGGACGUAUGAAGUUUCUCCAAAGGACAAUGUCACCUCAAGCUGCUCCUCACCUGUCAGCCAUAUAUACAACAGCGAGGAACAUUCUCCCAACAAGACGGACUCAAGCUCAUUGUUCUCUGUUGACAAUGAAGGCUACUACACCUCCAUGCGCCUGGACUCUGGUUUGAAGUCGCACAGUCAUGGCUCCAUCAAUAAAGCGGGAGAUGCAAGGCACAGUUUGUAUGAGUGCAAGGACCACCACAGUCAAGGGGAUCGUGCAAGUCUGCACAGCAACCGUUCCCUGACUCGCAGCAUUUCUCUGCGGAAAGCCAAGAAGCCCCCGCUCCCUCCAGCAAGGACUGAUUCCUUAAGGCGCAAACCUCAUAGGAAGCCUCACCACAAUGGUUCUGUCCUUAGUGAGCAAUUGAUCUCCAGUCUCCAGCAGUCCUUAGAGCUAAACCUAAACACUUCCUCUGAACAGGCACCCUGCAGUGGGUUUGAAGACCCUUGGGUACUCCGACCCAGAAGCCAGAGCACCAUAAGCGCAGCCAGUAGUGGGAUGUCUGCACCAGCUGCUGUUUGUCCGGUCACACCCACACACAGUGAUAGCAGCAGUCAGCGCUCAGACUACGCAGAGUCCUGGGACUUCUACAUGGACUACCAAGGUCCACGGUCUGACCAGGGUCUUUCCUCGCAAAUCACAAGAUCUUCAAGUGCUGAGGAGAAUCAGGAAAACAUGGUCAAUGCACCCUAUAACAUCGGAUUCCCAUCGUCCCACUGCAACAUUAGUGGGAUUCAGUCAAAAUUGGCCUCAUCGCCAGACAAGGUUCAUCGUCUGACGUCACCAUCGAGUGGUUAUUCAAGUCAGUCCAACACUCCGACUGCUGGCACCCCAGUUACCUCUCUAAUAAGAGCAAAAUCUCCUGCGGGGAGGCCAAAACCAAAAGUGCCUGAAAGAAAGUCCUCCCUGCGAUCUUCUGUGUCUUCCUCCUCUACAUCCUUGUCAUCGAACACCUCAGAUUCAAUCAGAAACAUACCGCUACCUCCACCUCUACCUGACAUGAUCAUUACAUCAUGUGAAUCACCCAGGCCCGCUUCUUGCUCUCCAGUAGCAGCUACGGUAGACUCAACCCCACCUCUUCUUUUUCUACCUGACUUAUCCCCUGACUUGGAGGAGAGACAUAAUUCACUUUCAGAUUCAUCUACAACAUCUGAAAAGUUUGACACGAUUGAUUUCCCCCCUUCCCCACCAAAGGUUUCUGAAUCUCUGUCAAGAAAUGAAAGAACAAAUAGCCCUCCACCUCCUUCAUUUCUUCCUCCCAAAGCUUCACUGUGCAUUCUAUCUCCUCCGCCUCCCCCUCCUCCACCAAUACUUGAGACGAGUCUUCAAACAGCAGCCAUUUUAAGUUGUCAUAGAUCUAAGAAAGCUGUGGAAAUUGAAAAAGCACUUAACACCAACCACAUUGGAGAGCAAGAGAAGACUCAGAGACCAGUUAUCACUGCCCAAGCUCUUCAGAUGGUGCAGCUAAAACCUGUCAAGCUUAAGAAAAUAGAAGAUAUUUUUACAGCUGUAAGUUUUGAUGGUUUUGAUGACCAAGAGCAUAACCAUUCUGAAACAAACUCAGGAAUAUCCCUGGAAAGUGAGACUACAGAUCAAACAGUGACUGGCAUCUGUGACAGUCAGUCAGAAAAUGCUACAUUUGAACAUGAAUAUUUGGUUAACAAAUUACUACAAGAUUUCCCUGAGGCAUCAGUUGGUUCUUUACCUCUCAGCUCAGCAGAAGAUGUCAGUAAUACUGUGCAUAAUGUUUCAGGACACAUUUCUGAGACAUCUACAGUUUUAUCUUCCCUUCUGCAAUAUACAAACUCCUCAGCUUCUUCUAAAAGUUCUCAGCUGAAACAGAAGCCUCCUAUAUCACCUAAGAAACCCAAUCUUUCCCUUAUUAUACCACCCAUUAUGCGCCUACCUGUCUCUAAUGGAAUCAAGCUUCAACAGGUUCAUGAAGCACAAGAAAUACUUGAGUCAGGGCAGCUGAAUGCCACAUUCUCAACAAAUGCAGUUAAUUUGCAAAAAAUUCCUUUGGACUUUGAGGUUGAGGAAGAGAGUGACUCAGACUCUUCAACUCCGGUCAAAAGUAGGCUGUCACUGAGCAGUGAAUUGUCAUUAAGCAGUCUGCAAGACCUGCAACUCUCUGAUCUCAUUCUUAAUGAGCAUGACCUCGGCCUGAGUGAUAAGGACUUUGGGCUAUGUGAUGAUAAAAGUACAUCAGAUGAUGGUUCAAGCAGCUCUGGAUCCAUUAGCUUUAAAGAGGACGAACAUGAGGAAAAUGGUGCCGCGUUUGACUUGAGCGCUGAAAGCAUUAACACUAACGGAGAGGCUGUGGGGGAGAUGGUGACGCCUGUUCGUCCCCGUACUACAGAGGACCUCUUUGCUGCCAUUCAUAGGUCAAAGAGGAAGGUCCUGGGCCGUGGCGAUUCUGAAGAGGACCGCUGCCGUAAUUUCCUCCCUUCCCCACCCGUCACUCCAACAGGCUCUUGCCCCAGCCUAAAUUCAUUGCCACGUCAGACCGGCUCCAUUCAGCGCAACCUGCGGCGCUCAUCCACAAGCAAUGACAGUUUUAAAGCUCUGCUUCUCAAGAAAGGCAGUCGCUCUGAGACCAGCUUCCGCAUGUCAGCCACUGAGAUUCUCAAAUGCACAGACCCUCGUUUUCAGAGGGCUAAUUCAGAGCAAUCUGACGCACUGUGCACCUCUCCGACAAGCAGCAGGAGAGCACAUGAAGAGUGGGCACGUACGGAGGGAGCCUUGCCCCGUCUUACUGCUGGACUAUCAACCCUAAAAUAUGGGCGUUCGCGCACACCACCUUCUGCAGCCAGCAGCCGGUAUAACAGCCGUAGCCGCAUUCCCAGUGGGCCGAUGACUGCAAUCUGUGAAAAAGAGGGAGAGAUGGCCGAGUCUACAGACUGCUGCAUUAGCGCUGAGAAUCAUUUUGCCCUGCCCAUAUCCUCCUGCGCUCAAGGCAGCACCUAGGGCUGUCAACUCAACCCUUAAGGCUUGUAAAAGAUACCUGUCCACUCAAAAUGAAAACCGCAGAGGUCUAAACUCUGGCUGGAGGGCCACGCUUGUGCUCGCCACUAGCAGUCUCCAAGCAAUAAGGGAGACGAGAGAAUGAGGGAAGUUUCUGUAAUUCUGUAACUUUAGAUUUGCUCUUUUCCGUGAGUGAAAAGUUUAUCUUUUCUAAAACAUUAGUGUUGUAAAAAAAAAUGUUAUUAACAGAGGGGUACUGGUUUUGUCAAAUUGAACGUUCUUAGCUUGCUGCAUGCAGGUUAGGAGAAUAAGGAAAUCCAUGUUUCCUUCUUGGUGGUAAGUCGAGGGACGAAUAAAUGGAAGAAGAAUGUUA